AUGGGAACAGCGGUGUCCAAAAGGAAGAAUCUGAGGAGAGAUGCGAUAUCGUCCGUGGCUGCCAAAGUUCGAGCAGCCAGAGCGUUCGGAGAAUACCUGUCCAGUACCAAUCCAGAUAACCACAACGGAGCAGAUCAUCUAUUGUCUGACACCUUUGCAGGCCAGGACAGUGACUCUCCAAAUGUUAGCCGCUUGCAUAACAACAAUCUGCCACCACAGAGCCACUGUUUGUCCAUAGAUAAAUCCAACCAGUCCACCCAAUCCAAAUCCAGUGCGCAACCACAGUGUCAGCCUCAGGUCAGCACCCUUCAGGCUCAAGCUCCUUCGGGACCCUCCAAACGUCGACUCUCUGUUGAGCGCAGCUUCUCCAAAGAGGAACCCCCAGGUGCCAGUGACCCAGAAGGAAGCAUCGUGGUGAAGCCAGCCAAGGUUUACACAAUCACCAGGGAAGGGGGGAUGACCCUGGGGGGCUGUGGCAGUGAGGAAAACCUGGAGCUGGAGGUGCUGAAGGUCUCCAGGGAGCAGCCUUUGUCCCAGGCUGCUGCCAAUUACAACCCGUCCAUUACCAGCCAGUUGUCCGCCACAGGUGCCCGCAGUAGCCAUCACCGUAGUAGCCAUCGCCACAGCAACCAUCACCAUACCCACCAGGAUCACGUAGGCCGAUCGUUAUCUUCACAGCCACUGCAGAGCUCAGGCAGUGCCAACAAUAUCCGGGACUGGGGGCUGAUGAGAGAGGGGUCACAGGACGAUUACAUCCCAGACUGCGUUGCCUGCAUUCAGGCUCCCUGUCAAAGCCAGCGCUCCCUGGACCUGGACACCUUACCACGGGAUGGAGGGAAGCACCGCAAGAAACUGGAGAGGAUGUACAGUGAGGACAGAGCAGCUACUGAUGACAGGGAGGACAGUCAUAAUAGCUGGUUCCCAAAGGAGAAUAUGUUCAGCUUUCAGACAGCCACUACCACCAUGCAAGCAAUAUCGGCUUUCCGAGGCAUUGCUGAGAGAAAGAGGCGAAAAAGAGAGCAGGAGGCAGCCACCAUGAUGGAGAGGAAUUUCCGCAAACACCUUAGGAUGGUGGGCAGCCGCAGGAUGAAGGUCCAGACCUUCGCUGACCGCCGAGCCAAGAGUUUCAGCCGCUCCUGGAGUGACCCAACCCCCAUCAAGCCUGACUCACUUCAUGACUCCAGAGACAGUGGCGAGCUUCAGACCUCCUCAGGGACACUAGAUGAAGGGCUGGAUGAGGAUGCUGACUGGGAGGAAGAGAGGCGUAUGGAGAGAGCAGCAUGUGAUGGAGAGGAUUUCAUCCCACCUAAAAUCAUGCUGAUAUCCUCCAAGGUCCCAAAGGCCGAAUAUGUUCCCAACAUCAUUCGAAGGGAUGACCCCUCCAUCAUCCCCAUUCUUUAUGACCAUGAGCAUGCCACGUUUGACGACAUACUCGAGGAGAUAGACAAGAAGCUGACUGCCUACAGAAAAGGCUGUAAAAUCUGGAACAUGCUCAUUUUCUGCCAGGGAGGUCCUGGACAUCUGUACUUGCUGAAGAACAAAGUCGCCACCUUUGCAAAGGUGGAGAAGGAGGAAGACAUGAUCCAAUUUUGGCGGCGGCUCAGCAGGCUGAUGAGUAAGCUGAACCCAGAGCCCAACCUCAUCCACAUCAUGGGCUGCUAUGUGCUGGGAAGCACUAAUGGAGAAAAGCUGAUUCAGACUCUAAAGAGGCUUAUGAGACCCUCCUUAGUGGAAUUCAAGUCCCCACUAGAGUUGUCUGCACAGGGCAAAGAGAUGAUUGAGAUGUACUUUGACUUCCGUCUGUUCCGCCUGUGGAAAAGCCGUCAGCACUCGAAGCUGCUGGACUAUGAUGACCUUGUGUAA